AUAUUCUAUUUCAUCCAAUGGUAUCUGCAAUGCCCAUCUACAUUUCAUCCAGUCGACCCAAAGUCUGCAGCAUUGAGGAACAACAUGAGCGGCAUCCCACAAGUCUCACGGACGUCUCUGCAGCUCUACCGCGAUUGCCUGCGCUUGGCCAACCACAUCGGCGGCAAGACCAAGAAGGGCGAAGCCAUUCGAAGCAUGCUUCGUGCCGAGUUUCGCAAGUCCAUCCACGAGACGGACGAAGUGAAGAUCGAAAACCUCAAGGCCAACGCCGUGCGUGGGUUGAGCAACUACUUGGUUCUGGCCAAUUCGAGCAAAGACGGCAAGUUGAAGCAAGCCAUCCGCACCACGGACGAAUCUUCGGCAAAAGACCCUGCAAAUGCCGAGUGGAAAGAGCUGUAAACGUAAUAACAACAAUGUCGUUACGAAAAACCGU